AAACAGACAAGUGUUCGCUUGUUAAAGGCUUCGUUCGCAAUGGCGUCCGGCUUCGGUUUUACAGGAGGUCCUUCUCGGUGCUUUGCCUACUGGCAGGAAUUCUCCAAGUGCUACGCGAACACGGACAACCCACAAGUGUGUAUAGCUCAGUCCGAAGAUUACCUUGAAUGCCUACACCACACAAAGGAGAUUGAACGGGCAAAAACUGUGAAAGCACAAUUCAUCAAGAAAGCCGAGCAUGAGGCGAAGGAAGGCAGAAAAGCGGGUGACAUUCUCGCUGAUGGCGUAAUAGUCGGAUUAGGGCUUAUAAGUAAAGAGGAGGAUGGGGGGCAUAAAUAAUAAUAGUUGGUUCUGCGAGAUUCGGCAGUAGAGAACUUGUCACCUUUAUUGUAGAGAUCGGAAUCAACCUAGUAAAAUGGGGAA